CGGGGAAAACCCAGCCUUAUUUCACCGUGGUCGGCCUUGUACGCCGCGUUAAACGAGACAUGGAUUUACGACAGGAGCAGCACACAGGCCAUUGAAUUACAACGAACCAAGUAAAAAACAUUUGAAUCGCUAACCCCACAUAUUGUGAACGGGGGAUAUCGGAAGGGGAAUUGCCGUGACUGUUGUCAGUUCGAGGAAAACUGGCAGGGGAAUUGCCGGAAAUAUCGGCAGUACCGGGAAUUCAUUCAAGGGAAUUUACCGGGUAUAUGUCCAGGGUAAAGGCAACUGAUAGUGCGUUGUACUCGUGGCUGUCCAACAGGGGAAAUUUAUCGUGAGCUGGAUAUAACGAGCGGAACGUUGACUGAUGCUGUCAUUUCAUGUACAGCACUCAACACAUCUUCAACUUAGCCCCAUCCGGAGGCGGAUAUAUCUGAUGUAUCCGAGUCUCACUGAUUGAACUCAUAAGUUAUUGGAUACGAACAACGCGUUAUAAAUUAGUUGCUACAAAUCAGGGGGGCGUGUGCUGAAUACAUCGACUAUGUUGUAUGUGUGUGAGAUGACAAGUAAAUACAGAGACUCUUCUCGAGACGUUCCGGACAGCGAGGGUGGUAGGCUGACAGUUCAAGGUCAUUCAAGUUGGAGCGAGACGGCGCGUGAUCAGGUGGGGCUGAACUCGGAACUCGCUAUGGUUGAGGGGAUGAGAGAUGAGGCGAGACGACUUAUGACGUUUACCAAUUGGCCCUCCUCGUUCCAGGAUCCGGCCAAAUUGGCAGAAGUCGGACUCUUUUACACUGGACGUUUGGACCGAGUCCAAUGCGCCUUCUGUCUGGGGGUGUUGAAGGAAUGGCAACUGGGGGAUGUCCCGCUGACCGAACAUCAGAGACACUUUCCGCAUUGCAGAUUUCUCCAGGGGGACGAUGUGGGCAAUAUUCCAGCCAGGCGAUGUGCCGCCCCACAGAUGCUCGGGGGUUCAGUACUGAGACCAGCAGUACUGGAGGUGCCAGGCUGGAACAAGGGAUGUGACACUUCCAUGAAUGAAAAUAUGUACAUCAUUCCAUCGUGUGUCCCGCCACCUUCAGACUACAUCAACAGAUUAAGACCUUCUGAUAAGGAAGCAAAGCCCAUACCUUCUUCUACAACUCAAGUGAAACGUAAUUGUUCGGAUGAGGAGACUGGGGCACCGUCUGUGUCCACUGCGGUAAGGACUUUAGACUACACAUCUGAAGCAAGUCGUCUAGCGUCGUUCAGACACUGGCCUACGGACUCUCCGAUUUCACCAGUGGAUCUGGCAAGAGCAGGUUUCUUCCAUGCCCCAACCGCGGGUAAGCCUGACCGGGUGAAAUGUGGGUACUGCCAGGGUAAGCUGUAUGCAUGGAGCUGGGGAGAGGAACCGGAGAUGGAGCAUAGGCAGUGCUUUCCCACGUGUCCCUUUCUGGGGAUGAAUGGAAGCGCGAGGAGGACGAACCAGGCAUUGACAGCAUCAAGCCCAGCAAGUUUCUUUGAAGGCAACAGACCCACGUCAGUUCCAGCUAGACUCAACCUCUCUUCCAAGAAAUCCCUGAACACGACAACACGUGACAUGGUUACAACCAAUCAAGCUGGAUUUUGUGGAUGCAUGCGCGCCAGGGGAGAUGCUGUGUUCAAACAGGACAUGGACGACCCCGAGGUGUUUAUGCUGAGCGACACUGUAACACGGGUGCUGGAGAUGGGGUUUGCCAGAGAGACGAUAGAGAGGCUUGUUAGGAACAGGAGGAAGAGCUGUGUGGACCUGGCUUCGGUGGAGAGGCUCGUGGAGGCUGUGUUGAACUACGAUGUUUAGAGUGUCGCUCGUUGGGUCAUUUGAGAGGCACAAUCUGGAAGAUAAACUGGGGUCAUUUAAGAGGCAAAAUCUGGAAGAUAAACUGGAGUCAUUUGAGAGGCAAAAUCUGGAAGAUAAACUGGGGUCAUUUUGAGAGGCAAAAUCUGGAAGAUAAACUGGGGUCCUAUUAUAUAUUUAGUUAUCUUGGUAUAUUUUUUUACAUUAAUCAUAUCCCAUGUAUACAUUAUCUGUCUCUUUAUAAUUCAACUUAGACGUCUUUUACUCCAUGAAGAGGCAUGAGUAGUCUGUCCUACAUACCCUGAAACAAAUAUAUCCAAUAGAGUCCAUGCAGGUCUAUAAAGUUUGGUUAGUCCAGAUUACUGCAGUAUUUGAAAAUGAGGAAAGUCUCUUGGCUCCUUUUUAUUAUAUUUUAUAACUAUAAUUUAGCAACUGUUUUUUUUUGUAAAUUAUGUUCAUUUCAGAGACUAGAUGUUAGUCUGAAACAAGAAAUGUUAUCUCUAAAAUACUAUGUCUUCAACUAUGGUCCAGUUACAUCCAGAGAUAUGCUUCAAUGAAAUACGAUGUGUCUUCUUAAUCCGAAGACCCAAGUAUAAUCCGAUAUAUGUCCCACAUCCAGAGAUGUGCUCAAAUGAGAUACAGUGAGACUCGAAGACCCCAGCAUCAUAAUUAUAUAUCCGAUAUAUGUCGACUUAUCCCUAGUAGGGCAACUAAAUAAGACUGAGGCUGAUGUAAAUAUUCUACCGUGGCAUGAAGUCAUAUCGACGAUAUCGAGAUAGUGUAGUUAGAAUAAACCAGAAUUUACUGUACACAAUAAUGAGAGAGUGAGUUGUUUUUUACGGCGCUUUGACCAGUACAUUAGUUUCAACAGGCAAGGUGUAAAUUGGUCAAGUUGCCCCAACACUUGUUAACUUUCAAAAGCCCGAUGCGAUGCCGGUCUUGGACGUUCACAGCUUUGGUGAAACCAGUAAGGGUAUGGCGCUCACAAACCAAGGAAUAAAUCUGGAAUUUGAACCCACAAUAAUAUGUCCAACCUAUACAUACUUUCAUGACAAGAGAGUAGUACAUUUUUGUAUUAUUUUUGUGAACACAAGGGGUGCAAUUUGUGGCUCUUGAUUCAUUUACCAGUAUUUAGUUUAAUGAACAAGACCACUUACAACCAAUACAGAGAAAAAAAUCCAUUUACCGAUCUCUGCCCUAGGAGAAUGACGAAAUAUCAAAUAUUUGUUUAUCCAACUUGUAAAAGAAAUAAUCAUGUAGAUUUAACCUGUAGCUGGAGCACAUUUCAAAAAUAAAUAUUUAUCUGAUUU